AUGCGGAAACGAACCAUCACCUCGAGCGCCAGUGCGCUUCUGCUUCUACUCAGCUCAAUCGUGAGCGCAAAGCACGCAACACAUGAUCACCUCAAUGCGCUUCACAAGAGACACCGCUCGACUCGAGAGAUCAACGCUAGAUCAACAGCAGAGGAUGGGGAGGUGGGUGUGGAAAUAAGGGCGAUCCCUGAAACAACAGCACCGAAAGUCGAGAAACGUGGAGGACAAUGCGCAUUUCCCUAUGAUGCUGGUUUGGUUCCAGUAACGCCAGGUCAACAGAAUGCUGGUUGGGCUAUGAGCCCUGAUCAGCCACCAAAACCAGGCAGCUACAUGCCCUAUGCUUGCCCUCCGGGUCAAGUGUCGGUCCAAUGGGAUCCCAGUGCCACCAGCUACUCAUAUCCAAAGUCGAUGAACGGUGGAUUGUUCUGUGACUCGGAUGGCAACGUGCAGAAACCCUUUCCCAACAAGCCAUAUUGUCAGCCAACAUCGAAUAACAUCAAUGUCGUCAACAAGGCGGGAGGCGUCGUUUCGUUCUGUCAGACCGUGCUUCCAGGAAACGAAGCAAUGUUAAUACCCACUCCGGUUUACGACACAGCCAGUCUCGCUGUUCCAGAUCCAAGUUAUUGGUGUUCUACCGCAGCACAUUACUACAUAAACGGACCUGGAAUAGGUCCCGAGGAAGCUUGUGUUUGGGGGACGACGGCAAAGGACGUCGGCAACUGGUCGCCCUAUGUUGCAGGCGCUAAUGUCGAUACAUCGGGGGAGACUUUCAUCAAAUUGGGAUGGAAUCCAAUCUACCUGGAGCCAACGACACCUUUCCGGAACGAAGUCCCGAAUUGGGGUGUGAGAAUUGAGUGCCCGAACGGAGGUUGUAAUGGCCUUCCUUGUGGCAUUGAUCCUAGCCAAAAUAAAGUCAAUGAAAUGAUGGGAAGUGCCAGCAACGGUGCAGGUGGCGGUGCAUUCUGCGUGGUGACAGUCAACAAAGGAUCAACAGCCAACUUUGUUGUGUUCAACACCGGUGGUGACAGCGGGUCUGGGCCUUCGACUGGCUCAAGUGGCACUUCAGGUAACCACGGUGGAGGUCAGUUCUAUCAAUCAACCAGUGCUGCGGCUUCAACGUCGAGUGCAUCGAGUACUACAAGCUCGGAUGAUGCAACAACCAGUUCGGUCACCACGACGGCAUGGUCCUCCUCUUCAGCCAAAUCCAGUUCGUUCACCUGGUCAGGCUGGGAUAAUGACACAUCAACCGCCUAUUCUCCGUCGCCGAGACCAUCUCAAUACUACUCGCUCUUCGACUACUCAACUGCAGCGACAGCCACGCAAACCGCUGCUCAGACCGGUGCAGGCGAGGCACAACCCACAGCAGCAGCAUCAAAGACCGGGCCUCAACCGUCAGUGAAAACGGCGACUGGAACAGCAUCGCUAAUGCAAGCCUCCCUUUGGAGUGUCGCAUCAGUUCUAUCACUAUGCCUCCUCUUAUCAACGUAG